UCUCGCGGUUGCAGUCCACUCAUCAAAGUGCAUCCAGCAAAGUUUGUCUUUUUGGUGAUUUGCGUCCGUAGCUUCGUUGAAUUUUUCCUGCAGAAAUUCUGUUGUAAGUACAGUGUUAAAAGGUGAUUUGAGCUCAAAAUGCGGAAGGAAAAUCUCAAACGCAAAGGCGAAGACGAUGCGGAGAACGGUUCCGACAGCGGUGAGCAGGAAAACUCGCCGGCCGCCGCCGACAAAGAGGAGGAUGCCGAAAUGCAAAGUGCCAACGAAAACACGGAAGAAAAUGGAGACUCGAAAGAGCCCGGCACCGACGACGAUUUUGAGGAUGCCGAAACCGGCGAUGAUAAGGAUGCUAAAAAGUCGGACAAGGAUGAGGAAAACGGAAAUGAAGAGGGGAAGGAGGAAGGGGAGGCCAAGGACGAUGAGGAUGAAGACAUGGAUGAUGUCCCUCUGAAGAAGAGUGGUCGUGCAAAGCCUAAACCGGCCAAGAAGGGCGCCAAGGAGACCAAUGGGGAUUCAAAGGCGAAUGGUGAUGAUAAGGGUGAUGGUGAGGAGGGUGACAAAGAGGAGGCAGGAGAGGACGGAGAGGAUAAUGAGGUAGAGGACGACGCCGGUGGUGAUGAGUCGGGAUCGAAGAAGACUAAGAAGGGCAAGAAAGCUGCCCCCAAGAAAAAGGAGGUAAAAAAGACCAAGCCAAAGCCGGCCAAGAAAACCAAGAAAGAGGAAAUCGAAGAGGAGGACGCCGAAGAGGAAGAAUAUGAAGUCCAGGACAUUGUGGACCACCGUAAGGAACGUGGAAAAAUGGUCUUCCGUAUCCGCUGGAAGAAUUACGGAGCGAAGGAUGACACCUGGGAACCGGAGGCCACGUUGUCCUGCCCGGACAUAAUCAAGCGAUACAAGGCCAAACUAAAGAAGGAAGAAGAGAAGGAACAAGAAGAGGAAGAGGAAGCGGAAUAUGAGGUCCAGGAUAUUGUUGAUCAUCGCAAAGAAAAGGGAAAGAUGGUUUAUCGUAUUCGCUGGAAGAACUUUGGAGCCAAGGACGAUACCUGGGAACCGGAAGCUACACUUUCCUGUCCGGAAAUUAUCAAGCGCUACAAGGCCAAGCUAAAGAAAGAAGAAGAGAAGGAGGAAGAGGAAGAAGAAGAGGCAGAGUAUGAAGUACAGGACAUUAUAGAUCACCGUAAGGAAAAGGGAAAGAUGAUUUAUCGUAUUCGCUGGAAGAACUUUGGACCGAAGGAUGAUACAUGGGAACCGGAAGCUACGCUCUCAUGCCCGGAAAUCAUCAAACGUUACAAAGCUAAAAUUGAAAAAGAAGAUUCUGCACCGCCAGCCAAAAAGGCAAAGGCUGGUCCGAAAGGAGCUCCUGCGAAGGGUGCUACACCGAAAGCACCUCCCAAGAAGCGUGCCGUCAAGGAAGAUUCGGAAGACGACGAGGAUGGCGAGGAAGACGACACGGAAUACGAGGUGGAGAAGAUCAUCGAAGUACACUUCAAGCGCAACGGCCAGCGGGACUAUCUGGUCCGAUGGAAGGGAUUCACUGCAAAGGAUGACACCUGGGAACCGGAAGAGCAUCUGCACUGUAAGGACUUGAUUGCAAAAUUCAACGAGAAGCUGGACAAAUCCAAGAACGCCGUCGUCAAGGAGCUGCGGGUUAACCGGAAGCAGCCCGAACGACUUAACCUGGUCGAAAGGGGCCACAAGACGUCCAAACGUAACGCUGGAAAGGUUCGAGUGAACUACUACGAUGGAGAGUAAAUCGCCGGGCAUGACCGGAAAUAGAAUCUAGGCACCGGUUGGACCUAGACAAGGAAACAUUACAACUAUUGAAACUAUUCUUCGUAAGUGUACCGUAGUUUUAAGAGUGCAAUUUCACACACACAAAACACAAACACGAAUGCAUUUUACAUACUUGAUCUAAGUCGAUUGAUGGUUAAGCUUAGGUGUAUCCUUCCCAUUUGUUCCUGAUUUGUACAUCCGGUACGUACUGGACAACCGAGAGACGUAACAAAAAACUAGAUUUUGGAAACAUGUCAUACGAAAUUAUAUAUAUUUUUGACUUAACCUCCCCAAGGCACUUGUAUGAAUCAGACAACUAUCGUAAAAAUAAACUACUCUAUAGAUUAA